CGGGUGUUUCAAGCCUUCAUCAUCAUCAUCAGCAGCAUCCUGCUUGAUCAAGUGAUUGCCCAAAGUGUGGAAGAGCGUCCAUGAGCUUGAGGCGCUAAGAUGAAUCAAACGGCGUCCGUCUCGCAUCAGAUUGACUGUCAGCCUGCCAAGGACGUCAAGGAGUUUGUGGAUGUCAGCCCCCCACAGAGGAACUGGAAGGGCAUCGCCAUCUCCCUGCUGGUGAUUGUGGGCGUGUGCUCGCUCAUCACUAUGUCCGUGUUCGUACUCACGCCAGUCGAACUCCUGGGCAGCAGCAGGUCAGCGCUGACCGUCGAGGAUCUGUACUCGUCGGAGUUCGGCGUGCACAACCCCGACGCCACUUGGAUCAGCGAUUCUGUGGUGGCGUACAGAAACCGAGACGGUCACGUUGUCACGUUUGAUUUCGUCCUCAACAAGACGGAAAUCCUCCUCAGCAAUACUACCUUUGUGGCGUUCAAGGUGGCGAGGUACUGGCUGUCUGCAGACCUCAAAUACGCGCUCUUUGCUUACGAUGUCAAACAGAUGUACAGGUAUUCCUACCAGGCUUCCUACAUUGUUUACAACAUCUACACACGGGAGGUGUGGGAGCUGAACCCUCCGGAGGUCCACAACGCCGUGCUGCAGCAUGCAGCCUGGGGACGACAAGGGCAGCAACUGAUUUACAUUUUCGAGAAUAACAUCUACUACCAGCCCGAUGUGAGGGGCAGCUCCCUGAGGAUCACCUCAUCCGGCAUGGAGGGCGUCAUCUUCAACGGGCUGGCGGACUGGCUGUAUGAAGAGGAGAUUCUGCACUCUCACUUGGCCCACUGGUGGUCACCGGAUGGAGACAAACUGGCUUUCCUCACCAUCAACGACACACUGGUACCCAAUAUGGCCCUGGCCCAGUUCACCGGGAGCACCUAUCCUCGGGGACUCCAGUACCCGUACCCGAUGGCCGGCCAGACAAACCCCGUGGCGAAGCUGUCCGUGGUCAAUCUCUUCGGGGUGACGCACACCGUGGAACUGAAGCCUCCGGAUCAACUCCGGCUCAGGGAUUUCUAUGUCACCAUGGUGAAGUGGAUCAGCAACACUCAGCUCGCCGUGCGGUGGCUCACUCGGCCCCAGAAUGCAUCACUCCUGACAGUGUGCGACGCCGCCGUAGGAGUCUGCGUGGUGAGAUGCGAGGACUCCUCUGAUACGUGGAUCUCCAGGCCGGACCAGGAGCCUCUGUUCUCAGAAGACACCGGCACGUUUUUCCUCACUGUGCCCGUAAAGCAAGGAGGUCAGGGUGACUUCCACCACAUCACCAAGUUCACCAAACAGGACAACCGGGAUGACAUCCGCCACAUAACAUCUGGGGCCUGGGAGGUGACCCACAUGGUGUCCUACGACGAAAACAAGCAGGUCAUAUACUUCCUGAGCACAGAAGUGUCGGCACAAACGAGGCACCUGUACAGCGUGUCCACCGUCGGCCUGUUUCCACGGCGAUGUCUCACCUGCCAACUGAGGGACGGGUGCACGUUCUUUGAGGCCAGCGUCAGCCCCGACGCGGCACGAGCCAUCCUGCGCUGCAAGGGUCCGGGAGUUCCAUCUGUACUGCUCCUAAGCCUGGAUGAGGACGACUCUUAUUUCAUCCUGGAGAGCAACCGCCCUCUGUGGUCGAUGCUGGCGAGCAAAAGGACCGUGGAGACCCAAACGCACACGGUGCAUCAUGGGAACUUGGAGCUGCCUCUGAAGCUCAUCCUUCCUCCUGACUUCUCCGAGUCCUUCCUGUACGGCCUCCUGCUCAUCGUUGGAAGCUCUCCCGGCGACCAGGCGGUCACAGACGAGUUUAAACUAGACUGGGACUGGGUGCUGGUGGGCUCGGGGCAGGUCGUGGUGGCCAAGCUGGACGGUCGGGGAUCAGGGUUCAGGGGUCAAAGGAUGUUGCAGCAGCUCCAUAAGAACAUCGGGCAGGUGGACGUCGAGGACCAGACAGCUGCUCUUGCGUACUUGAUGAAACUGCCCUUCAUCGAUCCCACGCGGGUUGGGGUUUUUGGAGAGGACUACGGCGGGUACCUGACGCUCAUGCUGCUGAAGUCCACGGAACAGACAAUCCGAUGCGCGGCGGCUCAGGCUCCCGUUGUGGACUGGACCAUGUAUGCUUCAGCAUUCUCGGAGCGAUACUUGGGCUUGCCAUCGACCGAGGACAACCGAUACCAAACGUCCAAGGUCCUCCCUGAAAUGAAAGGCCUUCAGGGAGGAACUCUGUUUCUCGCCCAUGGGACCGCCGAUGCAAACAUUAACUUCCAACACUCAGCAGAACUGAUCAAGCACCUGAUCAGGGUCGGAGCCAACUACACCAUGCAGAUCUACCCGGACGAGGGCCACUUCCUGUCCAGGCACAGCCGGAUUCAGCUGAUGCACUCGUUGAUCGGUUACUUUCGAGGAUGUCUGCUGAUGGCGGCGUCGUUACUGGCGGACGAAUGACGAGAUCAGCGUGUGUGUGUGUUUUUUUUUUUUUUUUUUUAAACAUGUAGCGCAAGAAAGAUAAGUUAUAACGUCGCUCCUUUUGUUUGAUAUUGCUUGACGUCCUUAGAUGCGUCCUUGCGUGCAGACUGUGACACCAAAGCAUCUCUGUCAGCGCGGACGUGAGCUGAUGCGCCGCCGGAGGCUCGACGCCGUCACAGCGGUGCGCUUGUACACAUUUCUGCCUGGCACUGAGGCUUUGUUGUGAAGCGCUCGGCGGGUUCGGCUGUCGGCGCUUUUGUUGUCUGUGUACAUGACAGCAAAACGUAAUACAAUUAAAAAAAAUUAAUUCAUCGCUCA